UUCAUUAUUGUACAUUUAUGAAAAAAUCGCCAUGAUUUCGAAAACAGCAUGAUAGUUGUUGAACAAAUUAAAUAUUUACUUGAAGGACUGGUUAGAGGCUCCGUUGCUGUGAUUGUUGAUGGUUCCCUAAGUGUGUGCAAGGAAAUUUUUAAAUUUACAUUAAUCCUAUUAAUCGUUUAUUAUUUUGCCAUGUGGUCAUUUGAAUUUUUGAACGAAGUUCUACCAGUAGAUCAAAUACCAAUAUCCAAUGAAAUCCAAAAUGAUCGAAAUCCAGAAUCUGAUUUAGUGGCACAUCAAAUUGUGGGUGAAACCUGCUUGAGAAUUGGUCCACCCAAUGAAACCCUCAUAAAACAGAGAGCCAGCUUGUUGGAACAACUGGAAAUUGAAGCAGAAUUCGAAGAGAAUCAAGGAAAAUUCAUUAAAUCCGAAGCUGAUUUAGAACAAUUUGUAAAUAAAGAAAUCCAUAAGGCGACCUCAAACACCAGCGACAUUGAUGAUAUUAUUGAACCAUUCAAAAAUCCAUUCAUCUCUCAAAUAAAACAGGAACUAAAUGAAACGAGUCGAGCUUCGCAGACACUUAAAACUAGUUUGGGUAAAAAAUCAAAAUUAAGGGAAGAUUCGGAUAAUAGACCAUCAACAUCAACCAAAUCAAAUAUCUAUCAAGAGGAAGAAGAUAUUUUAAGCAAAUUAGAUACGAAAAAACAUACUGAUAUUAAAAGGGAAAUUCUAUCGGAGGAAGAUGUGGAAUCGCAUAAUAAAUCUAGAUUGAGUAAAACAAAAAGAUCAAGUAAACACAAAGAGGAAAGACUAUCGUUCGAUGAUGAAUAUGAUCAUGAAAGUUUCCAUAGAGUUUAAGGUUUUGUAACAACUAGAAUGAAAUUGAUUUAUUGUAAAAAUAAAAAUUUAUUGCACAAUUUUAGAGA